AUGUGUCUCUCUUCCAGCCCUUCCGAGAUGCCGCGCCAGUUUCCCAAGCUGAACAUCUCCGAGGUGGACGAGCAAGUCCGGCUCCUGGCAGAGAAAGUGUUUGCUAAAGUACUCCGAGAAGAGGACAGCAAAGAUGCCCUGUCCCUCUUCACUGUCCCCGAGGACUGCCCCAUUGGGCAGAAGGAGGCCAAGGAGAGGGAGCUGCAGAAGGAGCUGGCGGAGCAGAAGUCCGUGGAGACGGCAAAAAGAAAGAAAAGUUUCAAGAUGAUUCGGUCCCAGUCCCUGUCUCUGCAAAUGCCUACGCAGCAAGAUUGGAAGGGCGCCCCGACAGCCAGUCCGGUCCUGUCUCCCACUACCCCUGUGUUCCCUGGAGCCACUUGCCAGCCCACGCCAGGGCCCUAUGCCAUUCCCGAGUUCCAGCGGGUCAUCAUCAGUGGAGAUUACUGUGCCGGGAUCACCGUGGAGGACUAUGAGCAGGCUGCCAAAAGCCUAGCCAAGGCCCUGAUGAUACGGGAGAAGUAUGCCAGACUUGCCUACCAUCGCUUCCCACGGACCACGGCCCGGUACCUGGGUGAUCAGAGGGUAGACACUGCACCUCCAGAGGAGGGCCUCCCAGACUUCCACCCUCCCCCUCCACCCCAGGAAGACCCUUACUGUCUGGAUGAUGCUCCCCCCAACCUGGGCUACCUGGUCUGCAUGCAGGGGGGCAUCCUCUUCGUGUAUGAUAAUAAGAAGAUGCUGGAGCGCCAGGAGCCCCACAGCCUACCCUACCCCGACCUGGAGACCUACACAGUGGACAUGAGCCACAUCUUGGCUCUUAUCACGGAUGGUCCCACGAAAACAUACUGUCACCGGCGACUAAACUUUCUGGAAUCCAAGUUCAGUCUUCAUGAGAUGUUAAAUGAAAUGUCUGAGUUCAAAGAGUUGAAGAGUAACCCUCACCGAGACUUCUAUAAUGUGAGAAAGGUGGACACACACAUCCACGCAGCUGCCUGCAUGAACCAGAAGCACUUGCUGCGCUUUAUCAAGCACACGUACAAGACAGAGCCUGACAGGACUGUGGCCGAGAAGCGGGGCCGGAAGAUCACCCUGCGGCAGGUGUUCGACAGCUUGCACAUGGACCCAUAUGAUCUCACUGUCGAUUCACUGGAUGUCCAUGCGGGCCGGCAGACAUUCCAUCGCUUUGACAAGUUCAACUCCAAAUACAACCCUGUCGGGGCCAGUGAGCUGCGCGACCUAUAUUUGAAAACUGAAAACUACCUGGGAGGAGAGUACUUUGCUCGGAUGGUCAAGGAGGUGGCCAGGGAGCUGGAGGAGAGCAAGUACCAGUACUCAGAGCCACGGCUGUCCAUCUAUGGCCGCAAUCCCAAGGAGUGGCCCAAACUGGCCCGCUGGUUCAUCCAGCACAAGGUCUACUCACCCAACAUGCGCUGGAUCAUCCAGGUGCCCCGGAUCUAUGACAUAUUUAGGUCAAAGAAGCUGCUGCCAAGCUUUGGGAAGAUGCUGGAGAAUAUCUUCCUGCCCCUUUUUGAGGCCACAAUCAACCCCCAGGAUCACCGAGAGCUUCAUCUUUUCCUCAAAUAUGUGACAGGGUUUGACAGCGUGGAUGAUGAAUCCAAGCACAGCGACCACAUGUUCUCAGACAAGAGCCCCAACCCAGACAUCUGGACCAGUGAGCAGAACCCGCCCUACAGCUACUACCUGUACUACAUGUAUGCCAACAUCAUGGUGCUCAACAACCUCCGCAGGGAACGAGGCCUGAGCACUUUCUUGUUCCGGCCUCACUGUGGAGAGUCUGGCUCCAUCACCCACCUGGUGUCUGCGUUCCUGACUGCUGACAACAUUUCCCAUGGGCUACUCCUCAAGAAGAGUCCGGUGUUGCAGUAUCUCUACUACCUUGCUCAGAUCCCCAUUGCCAUGUCUCCUCUUAGCAACAACAGUCUGUUCCUUGAAUAUUCCAAAAACCCUCUGAGGGAAUUCCUGCACAAGGGACUCCAUGUUUCUCUCUCCACUGAUGACCCCAUGCAGUUCCACUAUACAAAGGAAGCACUUAUGGAAGAAUAUGCAAUUGCCGCUCAAGUGUGGAAGCUGAGCACGUGUGACCUGUGUGAAAUCGCCAGGAACAGCGUGCUGCAGAGUGGCCUCUCCCAUCAGGAGAAGCAAAAGUUUCUGGGACAAAAUUAUUAUAAAGAAGGACCUGAAGGAAAUGAUAUCCGAAAGACAAAUGUUGCUCAGAUCCGGAUGGCGUUCCGAUACGAGACCUUAUGCAAUGAGCUCAGCUUCCUGUCUGAUGCCAUGAAAUCAGAAGAGAUCACAGCUCUGACCAAAUAG